AGCCGCUCGGGAACUCCUUUCCGCGCCAUCCUUUUAUUUACCACAGCAGCAGCGGUAGGCGGGCGCACCGCUCUCCGCGCAGCUAGAUUCGGCGCACCUGUCGCCGUCCGGAAGCCCCGCUACCCCGGCGAGAGCUCAACGGGGAGAAGCCAUUUGACUUGCCGCGCAAUACUAUAUCUAUAUUACGCCCCCGCCAGGGGACAGACCCAGAGGUUGAGAGUUGAGACGCAAAGACAAAGGAGAGCCGUGUCGCCGACGAGGACGGACGGAGCAGCCGGCCGAAAGAUCUUUCUCUUCCCCCUUCCUUCCGGCCAAAGCAGCACCGCAGGCGGCAGGGUUGGACACUCCAUCGUCUUCGCCUCAGAGUGCAAGAUCUCUUCUCUCGCCGGCGCGGCGUGCCCGAUCGAUCGGCUUGGCUUCCGCCUCCCGCCGCCGGAGCCGGACAAGCAGCGGAUGGGCUGCGUGUUGUCAUCGCCGAGGCGGUCCAGGCGCACGCCGGGGUACGAGGAGCCCACCGUCCUCGCCUCCCAGACCUCCUUCACGGUGAACGAGGUGGAGGCGCUGUACGAGCUCUACAAGAAGCUCAGCUACUCCAUCUUCAAGGACGGCCUCAUCCACAAGGAGGAGUUCCGGCUGGCGCUGUUCAGGACCAGCAAAGGGGCGAACCUCUUCGCGGACAGGGUGUUCGACCUCUUCGAUCUCAAGCGCAACGGGGUCAUCGAGUUCGGCGAGUUCGUGCGCUCGCUCAGCAUCUUCCACCCCAAAGCGCCUGAAUCGGACAAGACCGCGUUUGCAUUCAAGUUGUAUGAUUUGAGGGGGACAGGCUACAUCGAGAAAGAAGAGCUCCGGGAGAUGGUGGUGGCACUCCUCGACGAGUCCGACCUGUGCCUCUCCGACAGCGCCGUCGAGGAGAUCGUCGACAAUACGUUCAGUCAAGCAGACUCGAAUGGCGACGACAGGAUAGACCCCAAGGAGUGGGAGGAGUUCGUCAAGAAGAACCCGGCAUCACUCAGGAACAUGUCACUGCCCUAUCUCCAGGACAUUACGACGGCGUUUCCGAGCUUUGUGAUGCAUUCGGAAGUCGACGAUUACAGUGGAAUCAGCAAAUAAUAGCCGUGCCUGCCUGCCUGCCUGCCUCAUGACCCGUCCCCGGCCAUGUAUGAAUAUGCUCUUGGGACUGGGAGGCCGUGCAUUCAGAAGUGCGUGAGCUGCAACCGGAAGGCCUGGAGCUCGAAUGGGAGGAGAACGCAAGGGAGCCAAUCUGCCGGUGAGCGUGACUGCGUGAGAUGAUGACCACCGGACGAUGACUUCAUCCCAUGCGAGAUAGGCAUCAGAUCAGACUGUCUGAGGUUAACUAAGAAAUGGGCUUUUUUUGUACCUCCGUAGUAAGUACGAGAGGUUAUCAAAACACCGAUCGAGCAGGUGACUAGGCAGUGACGAGUGUCUAGCGUAGGUUGUUGUAGUAAAAUCGCUAAUUGGACUUGUAAAACUUGUCUUCCGUUGACUUGUAAAACAAACGAUGUCAGCAUUGUUUUCGGCAAUAUAUGAUAAUCCCCUGUGCUCC